AUUUUGAACAGCUGUAAAUCACAUGACACUUGAGGCUUAUCACAUCACGUUUUAACUUGAAAAGGGAUCCGGACGAGGUCAAGGGUUAUCGUACAUUAGGGAAACUUUCGGUUGAAUGCCCAGUAAUCUAACGUCGGAGAGAUGAGAUUUGUACAGUUUUUAAGAGAUGGGCGACAGCAUAUUGGCGUGGAACUGACAGAUGGCGGAUCUAUUGUUGAUCUGAACGCAGCAGAUUCUACUAUGCCAUGUGAUAUGCGAUCUUUUUUGACAGGAGGUCAACCCCUACUAGUUGCUGCAAAAAGUGCUGUUGAGAGUGGGCGCAAUGUGAUUAAUCGUGAUUCAGUAAAGAUUCUAGCACCUAUCACUAAUCCUGAUAAAGUUCUAUGUAUUGGUAUGAAUUAUGUGGAUCAUUGUGUAGAACAGAACUGUCCUGUUCCAGUUGAACCUGUUGUGUUUAAUAAAUUUCCUAGCUGUAUCAUAGCAACCGGUGAUGAUUUAGUUUAUCCCUGUGAAACACAGGAACUAGAUUGGGAAGUUGAAUUAGUUAUUGUUAUUGGUAAAGAUGGUAAAAAUAUCAAGAAAGAAGACACAAUGAACCAUGUAUUUGGAUACGCAGUUGCACAUGAUGUUAGUGCAAGAGAUUGGCAGAUGAAGAAAAAUGGUGGACAGUGGUUGUUGGGGAAAGCUAUGGAUUGUUUUUGUCCACUUGGGGCAGCUAUUGUUAUGAAAGAAGAUAUAAAAGAUCCCCAUAAUCUGCGGUUGACAUGCAGUGUUAAUGGUGUUAUUAAACAAGAUGGAAACACAAACACACUAGUUCAUAAAUCAGAAGAUAUAGUUUCAUUUAUUUCUAGGUUUUGUACAUUAAAAGCAGGUGAUAUAAUAUUAACAGGUACUCCACCUGGUGUCGGUGUAUUUAGAAAGCCACCAGAAUUUUUAAAGAGAGGUGAUGUUGUUGAAUGUGAAAUUGAAGAAAUAGGAAAAGUGGUUAAUAAAGUUGUCUAAGUAAUAUAUUACCUGUGGGUGCCUUAUACUGCAUAUUAUCAUAUGAGUACAUGUAAUCAAAUGUAUAUUGAGUAAAUGAAUAAAAUAGGGUUUAACAUCUUACUUUUCUGUACCAACUGGGCUAAUGAAGACACUGACAAUGUAUUGAAGCAAAACAAAAGUAAUAGAGCUCUAUAUUCAGAAUGGUCUACUUUAAUUUGGCUGUUUUAGUGAGGUGUGUGACUUACUAAACACAGUAUAAUAUAUUAAGCACAGCAAAUAAACUUAUUUCUUUUAACCUUUAAAUCAAAUACUGGGUGAUAUAUUAUUGAUUUUCUGUAGCAUUAAUUAUUCUGAUUUUUCUGCUGCAGCUUACUGCAAUAUGUGUUUUAUAUGUUGAUUUUUAUGUAAUUGUUUUAUUUGUUAAUACUGAUUAAAUGAUUUAUUCUAUACAA